CUAAAAUCUAAUUUCCUAAAUGAAAUUAUGGCCAACGCCAAGUUAUCGAAGCAUGGAAAGUAGAGAGCAAACACUAAAUUUAAAUUAGUAUAAACCCUCGUUCUUCCCUGUGUAUCUCCCUGUUGCAGGAAACUUUAAAGCGACGAAUUUGCCUUCAACAACUCAAUCAUCUUCAAUUUUUAUCUGACGCAACUUUCGCUGCGAAUACCACUUGCCGUUUUGAAGAUUUCGCGAAGUCUUACGACUUAAAUUCCACUCGUUAUUGUGGUUUCUAGGGCUUGUAAUUAGUGAUGGAGCAACAACAGCAGUGGAUGAUGCAGACACAGCAGCAGUAUCAGCAACAGCCACAGUAUUCGAAUGAUGAGAUAAGGACUUUGUGGAUUGGGGAUUUGCAGUAUUGGGUUGACGAAAAUUAUUUGCACAACUGCUUUGCGCACACUGGAGAGGUUGUGUCUAUAAAGGUUAUUCGGAACAAGUUGACUGGCUAUCCUGAAGGUUAUGGUUUUGUGGAGUUUGUGUCCCAUUCAGCAGCUGAGAGGAUUCUUCAAACAUACAAUGGCACACAGAUGCCUGGCGCAGAACAGCUUUUUAGAUUAAAUUGGGCCUCUUUUGGUUUAGGAGAAAGACGAUUAGUUGGAGGUCCAGAACAUUCUAUAUUUGUUGGAGAUUUGGCUCCAGAUGUUACUGAUUAUCUGCUACAGGAAACUUUUAGAGCGCGUUAUCCAUCUGUUAGAGGUGCAAAGGUUGUAACAGAUCCUGCUACGGGGCGUUCAAAGGGUUAUGGAUUUGUUAAAUUUGCAGAUGAGAAUGAAAGGAAUCGUUCCAUGACUGAAAUGAAUGGGGUAUAUUGUUCUAUGAGACCUAUGCGAAUAAGUGCAGCUACUCCUAAGAAGUCCUUGACAUAUCAGCAACAAUACCCCACUGCUAAAGCUUCCUAUCAAACACCAGCCUACAGUGUGCCACCUACUCCAGUUUUUCCAACAGAUGAUGAUCCGAAUAACACAACUAUAUUUGUUGGUGGAUUGGACCCAAACAUUUCAGAAGAAGAUCUGAAGCAAAUUUUUGGUCAGUUUGGUGAGCUUGUCUAUGUCAAAAUACCGGUUGGCAAGGGAUGUGGAUUUGUGCAGUUUGGUAACAGGGUUUCUGCUGAAGAAGCUUUGCAAAGGGUACAUGGUACUGUUAUUGGUCAGCAAACCGUUCGUCUGUCUUGGGGUCGAAGUCCUACAACCAAGCAGGAGCCUACUGCUGGAUGGGGUCAGGCUCAAGUGGAUCCAAAUCAAUGGAAUGGAGCUUAUUAUGGUUAUGGUCAAGGAUAUGAAGCUUAUGGUUAUGCUCAACCACCACAAGAUCCAUCAAUGUAUGGUUAUGGGGCCUAUCCCGCAACUGGGAGUUAUCAACAGACUGAGGUUCAAGAAAUGUCAACAGCGGGUGUAAUGAAUACUGUCCAGCAACCACCCGAGCAUAAGGAAGAGGAAAUAUCUGACCCUUUAGCGCCUCCAGAUGUUGAGAAAUUGAAUGCAGCAUAUAUUGCUCUACACGAGGCUUCACUAGUUGGGCGACACUUGUGGUUGAAGACGUGUGAACUAUCAUCAUAAAUAUGGGGUUCUCUUGACCGUCAGCCUAUAUUCUGGAGAUGGUUGAGGUCUCAAUACUUCGUUUCAGGUUUAUAUUCAUAUGCAUCAUGUUUCUCUGUAAUUGUAAUAAUAGUUACUGCUACACGAUACUUUAAAAUAGUAAAAUCUCCAUUGCAUCACAUUCCUAUAUGUAUUACAUGCCAGAUUAUAUGGAAUUCCUGAAGAUCAGAGAUUUUCUCACAUUAUUUUCACCCCCAUCAACGAAUGACGUCUAGCAAAAGCGCUCAACUGUAAAAAACAUUCUCAGUGCCCGAGGAAGCAACAUCAUUAUAUGAGUUCCAGCCUAUGUAACUACUUUUUACUAUUGCUGGAUUUUUAGAUGGUAUGGCUAAUCUUCAUUUAUCAAAUUUCGUACCCAAUAAGAUUGGGAAAUGGGCUUUCCCUAUUAGAUUCCCAUGUUUUUGCCCUUCAAAUGCUUGCUGAUACUAACGAUUAGUGGUGAACUGGAUCCUAUCUGGUGUUUAACUGCAUUGAAAUUGUGCAUAUGCUCAAGUUAAAACGCUAGAACUAUGGAAUUUGUUGAUUAUAAAGUGGUUCUUUAAUCUGUUGUCUAAAACAUUUAUGAAACGAAAGAGCCAUCCUUACUGGUUGCAA